AUGAAUAAUUUUUAUACAGGUUCUGCUGUUCCAGUUUCAGUUACUGACGUGGACUGUGAUAACGAGAGUAUUUUUGAAGCGGUAGAUGAAGCACUCAAAUCAUACAAUGGAGAAAAAGUUGAUGGAAACAAGUUUAUUUUGUACAGAAUCACAGAGGCCAAGAUAAGGGUAGAAAAUGACAACCUAACAGAUCAGUUUGUGAAUUUUGAAAUACGAGAAAGUGUGUGCCCAUUGAAAGCUUAUACAUCUUGGAAACAAUGUGACUUCAAAUCAGAAGAUGCUGAAAGAGGGGAAUGCUCAGCACACAUUCUGGUCGACACAGCUCAAAACACAAAGAAGGUUUUAUCCAAAAACUGUUCUAUUAUUCCUAAAGUUGUAGAACCUACUGUGAGUGUUGUCGUUGUUCCUUGCCUGGGGUGUUAUGUACCUAUAGACCCAAACAAUGAGGAGCUGUCAACAAUCAUACAAUCUGCAAUUGAAAACGUGAACAAAGUUGCAAACCACCCAUUCUACUUUGAGCUGCAAAGUGUUACAAACGCUGAGCGCAAGGUUGUCAGUGGAUGGAUCUAUAAACUGGAAUUUAAUAUCACACAGACAAAUUGUUCUAAGAGUGUAUAUGCUAAUGUGAAUACAGAAGUAUGCACAACUGAUAUAAAUGGGGAAAGAGGACACUGUUUGACGAUGGUGUUUUUGCCUCCUAAUGGAGAAGUCAGGGACAUAAAUUCACAAUGUUACUUGAGCACAGGGUUUUGCCUUCAUUGUCCUGUUGUGGUGGACAACGGUGAUCCAGAGAUACAGACAUUGAUUAGGAAAUUUAUUGAAGAAUAUAAUUUAAAGAACCACACAAAACUUUAUAAUGUUGUCAAUGUUACAGAAGCUACUAGAACAAUGGAAGCAGAGAAGAAAAAGUUUAAAUUAAAGUUCACAAUUCAAGCCACCAACUGUUCAAAGUCCGGCCAUGCUAUUCCGGGAGAUGAAUGUGCCAUUGAACAACAAAGUAAUCCCUUGGCAUGUGAUGUCAUUGUUGAUGUUGUAAAAGAAACCGCUAACAUUCUGCCUGAUUAUCAAUGUUUUUCUACGAGAGCUCGUGCUGUCACAGUAAAGGGAUUUUCCCCUCUCCGCUCAAUAGUACAACGGGACAGACGAGCACUUGAGAAAUCCAAAGGUAUAGGGCAUGGACAAAAUGUGCAUAAAGGAGAAAAACAAGAAGAAAAACAUGGAAAAAUGAAUGAAAAAGAAAAAAAAGACCAUGAUAAGAAAAAAGAUCAUGAAAAGCAGAAAGAUCGCAAAAAGAAGAAAGAUCACUCUUCUGAAGAAUCUGAAGAAGACCAUAGAAAAAAACCUGAAUCACCACCAAAAAAGCCAGGGUUUGACUUUGACAGAGGAUCAGAGAGAGAUAAAGUAACCCAACAUCCAAUAGUUACAGAGAGAGUUACCAGGAAACCUGCAAUGCAACCACCUACACCAUUCAUACCUAAAUUUCCACCCUCAACCAACCAAGCAACACUCACACCUGAUGUGUCAACUUCUACAUUGGCAACAGCAAUUCCAGAUUACACAGGGACUCUGCCUACCAUUAAGACAGUUUUAGAUUUUCCAGUGUUACCCCCUUUGAAUGCCCCAAAAUGUCCUGGUAAAGUCUGGCAGCCGUUGUUGAUUAUUCCAAAGUUUGCUACAGAGAAACCAUUCAUUAUUGAUGGUUUGUUCUCAGCUGCUGAUGAUCUAGACCCUCCAAAAGAUCAGGAUCCAUCUACUGAUCUGAGCACAACCAUUUUUUUCUGA